AUGCCGGAGGCUGGAGAAACAAAGAAAUCAAUGAUAACGGACCAAGAAUGUAAACGGUCUGAGAUAACCCAAGACUUCGCUGGGAGACUUGAAAGCCGAGCUCGUGAGUUUUUCUUUUUCUCUUUUUUCCAGUGAAAAAUCGAACUGAAUUUUGGAUUUUUUUGAAUUCAGAGAUUAUUUUGAAUUUCGCGAAAACUUUGAACACGGCAUGUGCGAGAGCGCCGCAGUGCAUGCACACGACCCACUUCUCUUUACGAAAAAAAUAUGGGCGGGACGUCGUCCAAAAAACGCCGUGAUAUCGUACCCCUUUGAAUAGCAAUUUAGACUAAAAAUUCUAAAAAUGAACUAAAAUCGAACACAAAAAAUUGGAAAGAUUCUCAUUUUUUAUUAUGACCAUUUUCAAAUGCAGGGGCGGAUAUUCACCAGUUUAUCGAACCUCAACGGUUGGAAACGGUGCAAAUUAGUCAGAAAAUCCCUGAAGAUUUUUUGAAUAGCUUCUGCUACUUCCAUGGGUAACAAGUUUUCCAUCGAAUAUCUCAUUGAAAUCGGUUCUUUGCAUUUACUUGCCGCAAUUCGAAACUAGGCUAUUCCUAAGAAGAUCCGGCGACUACCUUGUGCGGAAAGUGGAGGGUUCGAGAGAAAAGACGUGCCAACCAUCUACUAUGAAUUUUUAGAAGAAGGCGAAGAAUACAUACUAAUAUCCGUCGCCGUACUUCUGGAAUACAAAAAAGACGGAACCGAAGGUGUUUUUUUUUCCUUUUUUUCAAUUAUUAUUAAUCUUAAUUUCAUCCGAAUCUACUGAGUAGAAAUUUAUGAGAGGACUUUUUUUAUUUUUUUAAACCAAAAAAAGAGCGGAAUAGUUUCAAGCUCGAACGUUUUUCACUCGAGUUUCUAUCAAAACGCAUCUUGGAACAUUUGAAUGUUUAUAAUAUGUAUCGUGAUUAUAUACAAAUACUACGAAACGAUAACAUUGCUGUCCCACUUUGCGUCCUUUACUGAAGUUUUAAAAUUUCCACGUGGCGAUACACAAACAGCAGUUUCUGCUGAGAAGUGUAUCUCAUUCCCAAAAACUUCAUGCGUCCGAGACCGAACCAUGUUUGAAGUUAAUUUACACUUCUUGUUUUGGGAAUGACGCAGCUCUGGAGUGCAGCAUGACCUGAGCGUUGCGGCUUCACUUUUGUGCGUCGCCCAAAAACUUCAUGCGUUUUCGCCGAUCGGUUCUCCACUGGAGAGCCAGCUGUUUUCCAAACAGCCCGUAUCGGUCUUGAAGUCGUCGAAGUCCCGUAAUUGGGCAAGAAGCGAUGCUUUUGUGGAUCCUAGUAAUCCCGCUAUACUAAACCGCUUCGAGCAGCGUCGUAGCUUGGUCAGAGGUCUUUCAAGUAAAACCUCUAUCGUAGUAACACUACGUGGCAUAAAGCCAUCGGAAUUAAUCGGAAUCUGGUGAGGCUCACGCCUAUCACUAGUUUAUUUAAAUCAUAGUUAUGCUGGGUGGGAGGUAUAUAUAUAUGACGGUAUGAACAAGCCAUCUUCAAGAUCAACGCAUCGAAGAUGAAAAAAAGUUCGAAACUCCAGAGCUUCAAUUAUAGCUAGGAGAAAGGAGCAACCGGAAAGGGGGUGAACUGUCAGACGUCGAGUCAAGAUGACUUGAUCUGUGUUGAGUAGAGGAGCGACCAAAUGAUACCAAUAAUCCGAUAAGCCUAAUGAGCUAUUGGAUUCAAGAUUCCAGUUUAGAUUUUUUUUUUUUCUCGGUAUGGAACAGUGCAGUAGUUCCCUUGCUUACUAGCAGGAUUGAUUCGAACAAGUUUUGAAUUCAGAGGUGCUCAAAGAGAAGCAAAGACAAAACUCUCCAAUUAGAAUAAUGGUGUCGGAUACUAGGAAUUCGUCUGAACAAAUAACUGACAGGUCUCGGACGAUGGCAAUCGCUAGAGUGAGACCAGGCAAUUCACGAAUCGGUUGGCGAUCUGUAGAGGAGCACUGAAAGAAGCAGUUCUCUCUAAACUAUGCGAAAUUGUGUCAAAAUGUACAUCGCGCAAUCCUGAAACAGGACCGUUAAGGCCUCAGGAGACUCAUCAAGGAGAGACUAUCAUCGUGCUCACACCGAGCUAGUUCAUGAGGCAAAUACAACAAAGAAGUUAAAAGUUGAGGUUGAGAGGCUAAGCUAUCAGUCGAAGGCGUCGCCAGAUGGCCCCUUCGCGAGGAAAGCUCCAGAUAACGCUCAAACGCCUUGCAAGCAGGAAAAUCCCAAAUUCCGAGGCUUUGAACUAGCAAUGUGAUCGUUUCGUAGUAUUUUUUUAUAAUUUUUAUAUUUUUGCUAGACAACGCAGUUGUUGACGAAAAAAAUAUCUAUUAUAUAUAUAUAUAUAUAUACGAAGAAACGAUCAGAUUUCCCACCCUAGGUAUCUUCACAAGAGAAGAUACAUUUUCCCACCCGUGGGGAAUUUGGUGAGGUAAUCAAAGCGUACAACAGGCGCAGAAGGUCAGUGAAAAAUACGGGCAUAGCCGCAUGGCCAUCGUUACUGUUAACAGCAGCUCAGCUGAACCGCUACAAAUUGGCGAAAUGGUUGUCUGAGGUGAAGCGAAGCACAAAAGUGAAGCCUCAACACUCAGGUCAUGCCGCACACAAGAGCUGCGUCAUUCCCAAAACAAGAAGUGUGAAUUAACUUCCAACAUGGUUCGGGCUCGGACGCAUGAAGUUUUUGGGAAUGAGAUACACUUCUCAGCAGAAACUGCUAUUUGUGUAUAGCUACGUGAUUUUCGAACACGUGGAAAAAUUUAAAACUUCAGUAAAGGACGCAGAGUGGGAUAGCAAUGUGAUCGUUAAUUCGUAUUAAUAUAUAAUAAAUAUUUUACGUCAACAACUGACGUAGAAUAUUACAUUAGAUAUAACAUUAUUUCCUAUAAACCUCGAUCUCAUCCAACUUUACAGACCUCGACAAAAACUUCGGCAAGGACGAGCCAGUAAGAAUAAUGGACCACGCCGUCAGACGUGUAAAGAAAGGAGUAUCAAUCGAGCACGAACACGUAUUUGCGUGCCUGAAAGACCUCCUGAUUUUUUAUAUGUUCAACCCUAAGAAGGUAAAGCCAAUGAUAUUUUAGUGGAUACUGAAUUAGGAAAAAAAAUUGUUCUCUGAUAACUUCUAUAUACGAAAUCUGAAAUAGAAGAAAACGAUUUCGAGACCAAGAAAAAAAAUGUUGGAAUUUUUAUAUUUCUAAAAACUUCGUAUAAUGAGAUGACGGUUCACAGUCAAACGGAAUGAUCUAUAAGACUUUCACCUCACAGUGAACCGGAUGAAUAAGAAAAUUUUGAUCUUCCGGGCUGCUAUAAGUUACAAAAGGAAGUGCUGCUGGAAUUAGAACCGCAGAAGGCAAAGUUGGACUCGAAAGUCAUUUCACUUCAGCUAUCGCUCAACAUCAAACUCAGACGAGGUUGCGGAACUCGAGUGUUCCAAUUUCGAGAACGCCAGAUCAUCCGCAUCAAAACGGUGAGUAAUGAAAAGUCUAAAAUGAAUCUUCAGCCAGAAAUAUAAAGAAACCAUACAAAAACAAACUAUGAAUAAGAGUGGGUUUUUCCCAGACUGAUAGAAUGGAUACCAUCGUUUUUUGAAUUGAAUUAAAAGUCUGCCUUUUUUUUUGAUCUAGACUUGAUCAAGGCAAUCAAGAAUCAAGGGAGGUAAUUCUACUUUGGAAUUUUUUUCAGAUUUGCUCAAAGACUCUAUGAAUGUCUAGAUAAAGAUUCCUCAUAGACUCUACCGGCGCAAACUUCGAGUUUUUGAAAUAUGACUUUUUAAAGUUGCGAAAUGUGAUAUUUUAUGUAAAUUAUGUAAAUUUGAAGCUUAACUUUUCAAAACUUUUCAACCUUCAAAAUUAAUUAUCCUAAGAACUGAAGGCUAGCGCGGGUUGCAGCUCUAACUGAUCUUCAUAAAAACCAUCAGAGAUUGUUUGAACAAAUUUGUAGGAAUGUCCAAGUUGCAAAGUAAAAUUAACUCUUUGGAGGGCCUAAUUAUCUAAUCUGUGUUGAACGCGAAUUUAAAAAAUUAAUAUCUCAAGUACUAAAAGUUUGUGCCGGAGGCGACUUUGAGGGGAUCUUCACCUAGACUUUCAGAAAGUGUUUGAACGCAUUCGAAGAAAAAUGGAAAAGUAAAAUGACUUUCCGUGUAAAUAGAGAAAAACGUCACAAAACGCGGCCUGGAAUUGGCUAAAAAGAGCGUUUCGAACGAUAUUCCGCUAUAAGGAAUCUUCAUCUGAACAAAAAAUGAAAGCUUUUGUUGAAAUAAUAUUCUAAAAAAGUUUAUUUAGCUCCAUAGCGGGAAUUUCGGGGAAGUGUUUUUAGCGGAUGUGUGGUCGUUUGGGAUGAUUGGCCAAAAAGCCGCCGUGAAGGCAGUGAGUUCAAUUGACAAAGUGUCUUACAAGAACUUUUUUCGCAGCUGAAAAAAGACAGCCCCAAGUUACGCGAACAGAGCGAGAGCUUCGUGGAAGAAGCGAGGUUGAUGUUGACGCUGAAACACGAACACGUCAUAGCCAUGUACGGAUGGAUGUUAGAUGUACAACCAUUCAUGAUAGUCAUGGAGUACAUGGAAGGUGGGAAAGUCCAAUUAAAAAGCCGCUAAUUUUCAAGUUCAAAAUUUUCUUUUCCGACAAGAUUUUUCUCGGUUUAUCACUUUUAGCAGAUGGUCGUUCUUGUUUCCAUUAUCCUGACCUAGGUCUACAAACCACCGAAGUUCGAAACAGAUCCGCAAAUGCCAUUUCGGGUAGUUCCCUAGUAAGGAAACUAGGAUUUCAUUUUCCAAAUUAUUUUCUUAUUUACUACUUUUUAUGUUAUAGCUACUUCCAAACUUCCAAAAAAAAAAGAAAUCAAUCUUUGUGAGCUUCAAAAAAACAAAAUUGAGAAAAAAACAUGAAAGGAAAUCAUCAACUUUGAGUUUUUCUUAGUUCCUUUUCGUUUCGAUCGAUUCGCGAAAUGAACUCACCUCGUAAUUUAGAAUUUUUAGAAGAUUAACCAGAAAACUUUUCGAUUACUGAUUUUUUGGAGGAAAUAUGGUAUAAUUGGCCUAAUAAUAUUGAAAUAGCUUUUUCUACAUUCAAGUAAAUCCUGGGCAUUGUAGGAGGAUCGCUGGAGACGUAUCUGUUGAAAAGUUCUGAAGAACCCAACAUCCAACAGCUGCUGAAGUUCGGCCUUGAGGCAGCCGAGGGACUGACUUACCUCCAUGAAAUGGGAAUUAUCCACAGGAAUGUGUCGGCCCGCAACUGCUUGCUCACCGCCGACCACAAAGUUUGAGCUAAAUUAUCAAUAAUAUAGUCAAAUCUCCCUUACUUGAAAGACGAAGGAGGCGGAGAGGACGCGUACGUGGCUCUUCAAUCCAAGCACCUAUUUAAAAAGUUCGGUCCCCGCUCUUUUCGUAUCUAUUCUACUAUUUUUCAAUGCACAAAUAGAAAAAAAAUUCAACGAAGAAUUAAACGAGAAAUGAAAAGAGUGAUAAACGAGUGCUCCAAAUAGCCGCUGGCAGUUGAAUUGAAUCGUGCCACGAACCGCGAACGCGCACGCUACGCGUCCCGCCCUCCUUCUCCGUCUCCCUCGGCUUUCUAGCGGGAUAAACUGACUAAACAAAACUUUUUUAAGCUGAAGUUAUGCAAUUUCGGCCUCGCAGUUGCCGGACCUGUGUAUUACAUGAUGAAGGGGGAAAUCUUGCCGACGAGGUAUCUGAGCCCGGAGACCUUAGCCAUUUUCCUGUUCCUUCACGCCUCAGACACUUUUGCAUUCGGAGUGAGUUAACUGAUUUCUCAAGGGAAAAAUGAUUAAUAUUCUAGAACCUGCUUUAUGAACUCUUCUCCAAUGGCCAGAUGCCGUAUGAAAACCUAACUUCGGCUGAAGCAAGACAGAAAGUUGGUUUGAUUAUUUGAAAGCAUCUCAAUUAUCUGAAACUCGAGUGGAAACUUACAAAUGAGUGCAGUACGAUUAUUUUUCUUGACGCCUAGUAAUGAGAAAGAGAAUCUGAUAGAACUUUCACUGAGCCCGAAAAUCAAAAUACAACGCAAACCUCUUCGAAACUUAUUCGGAUACAACCUCGCUGUUUGGCAUUGCCUACUUCAAAAUUAUCUAAGAAAAGCUUUUUUUUUUUUUUUUUAAUUUGAGGAACGCCGAUAGGGACCUCGGAGUUUCCCUUGAACCCCCUAAACGAUUCGGGGCUUCUAUAGGGCGUAAAAAUUUGUUUGGGAACGGUUGUUUGAAAAAGUUAAGGACGAAUAUGAAUAAAUGAACUCCAGUGAAAAAUUUCAUUUUACCCCCUAUAGGGGUCACUAAACCAGAUUUUCGGGGCCCAGGAAGACUUCUUAGAAAAAGUUCAAAAAUUUCAAAAAUUUUGUCUUCUUUUAUCUGACGAAUGUUUGCAUUGAGAUCCUGGAGGGAGAAAUGAAUGACCUGGAGGAGACUUGUGCUCCUCCAGCUCUUCGUCAGUUCAUACAAGAUAACUUGUGGGCCUACGAGAUGAAAACAAGGUCUAGAAUGAACGAGGUUUUUUUUUAUUCACUCUUUUCAUUCUGACAAGAAAUAUUUAGGUAGUUGUGUUCCUCAAGAAAACCUACCGCGCCUUUAAAAAAGGUCAGUUUAUAUUUAAAAAAAUUAUUUUCUGAUCGUGAAACUUUGCAGGAGCAGGGAGGCCCAAAGACGAACACAGAGACAGAAGAAACUGCGGUGAGAUUACAAAACCGAAGUUUUUUUCAGCUUUUCAAUAAAUUUGAUAGUAAACUUUCCAAAAAACUAAUUUCACUAGUUCAAAUUUGAACAGUAAACAAAAUAAACCUGUGCCGGCGUUGAAAGAAAGUGUUAUAUAGCCGGAAAAUUAACGCGUUUUGAAGCAGCAUGAGAGAGUUUUUAUAAAAUUCGCAUUUUCUCAAGAAAUUUAGAGCAAAGAUGAGCCAAGACUUCCGAAAAAGGGAAAACUCCGCCGACGCACACCGGCUAACCGCCAGGUCACUUUUUCUUUUUCUGACUUCAUGUAUCAAACUUUUUUUCAGGAGAUCAUGGAAGAGCUUUUUCCGAUAAUGGAAGAAUCCGCCAAUAAUGAAUAG